AUGGCCACCCGCAGCCUGGGGGGCCUGAGCGGGAGCCGCGGGGGCGGCGGCAAGAAGAGCUUGAGCGCCCGGAAUGCGGCGGUGGAGCGCAGGAACCUCAUCACGGUGUGCAGGUUUUCUGUGAAGACCCUGAUUGAUCGGUCUUGCUUUGAGACAAUUGAUGAUUCCUCUCCUGAAUUUAACAAUUUUGCAGCUAUUUUAGAACAGAUUCUUAGUCACCGACUAAAAGGUCAGGUAACCUGGUUUGGAUAUGAAAGUCCCCGUAGCUUCUGGGAUUAUAUUCGAGUGGCUUGCCGGAAGGUCUCACAGAAUUGUAUCUGCAGCAUUGAGAAUAUGGAAAAUGUCAAUUCCUCUAGAGCUAAGGGCAGAGCCUGGAUCAGAGUAGCGCUCAUGGAAAAGCAUUUAUCUGAAUACAUCUCUACAGCUCUGAGAGACUUCAAAACAACCAGGAGAUUUUAUGAAGAUGGAGCAAUUGUUUUAGGUGAUGAGGCAAAUAUGCUUGCUGGAAUGCUGCUUGGGCUCAAUGCUAUUGAUUUCAGCUUCUGCCUAAAGGGUAAGGGAUUGGAUGGCAGCUUUCCUGCUGUAAUAGACUACACUCCAUAUCUGAAGUUUAUCGAAAGUUCUGAUAGUAUCAGCAGUGAUGAGGAGGAGCUAAGGACUCUGGGAAGCAGUGGCAGUGAAAGCAGCACUCCAGAGAAUAUCGGACCUCCUCUCCUCAUGGAUGAGAACAGUUGGUUCAACAAGUGUAAGAGAGUUAAACAAAAGUAUCAACUAACCCUAGAACAAAAGGGUUAUCUGGAAGAACUUCUACGACUUCGAGAGAAUCAGUUGUCUGAAUCUGUCUCCCAGAACAAAAUAUUGCUUCAAAGGAUUGAAGAUUCUGAUUUGGCCCAUAAAUUGGAAAAAGAACAAUUAGAGUACAUAAUUGUGGAACUUCAAGAUCAGCUGACUGUGCUAAAGAAUAAUGAUUUAAGAUCAAGACAAGAGUUAACUGCCCACCUCACCAACCAGUGGCCUUCCCCAGGAGCUCUGGAUGUCAAUGCUGUUGCCUUGGAUACGUUGCUUUACCGAAAACACAAUAAACAGUGGUAUGAAAAAAGUUAUCACAGUCUUGACCAAUUAUCAGCUGAAGUUAGCCUUUCUCAGACUUCACUGGGUCCAGGUCAGUUACAAGAAGGAGAUGGAAAGCAUGAUGCAUUACGUUUACUUAGUGAAGGUAAAGAAGAUACCCCCUCACUACUUGGGCUCUGUGGCUCUCUAACUUCAGUGGCAAGUUACAAAUCUCUAACAAGUCUAAAAUCCAAUGACUACCUUGCAAGUCCAACUACAGAGAUGACAAGUCCAGGCCUAACUCCAUCCUGAAACAUCUUAUAUGAAAGCCUAAAGUUUGUAUGUUGCAAAUGUUCUCUUAAGUCUGACUGCUGGAAAAUUUUCUAUUGUUCUGGCCUAUGUCUAGAAUUCAGUUGCUUAUAAUUCUACCUACUCCAUGUAAACUUCUGAAUGAAAAGAAAUUGAUCCUAACAUUUUUCACUUUAAAAUUCUUCUGUCACUGUGAAAGUUUAAAACAAAUGGAUCGACUUUUGAAACACCCUCCAAAGAUCAUCUAAUUUAGCAAUUGCACUCUAUGGUACAAUUAUUCAAAUGAUUUUCAUAUAUUUAAAUAUGAUUCCCAGAGUCUUGGUUGAGGGUUUUAUACCAGAGAUGAAAGCAAGCAUUUUGCUUUUGCCCCAUUAAGCAGUUAAAAAUGACUUAAUUUACUUUUCAUUAAUUUUUCCUAGGUUCUAGCAUUUAGAUGGCAUGUUUUUAAUAUGAGAGGGUUCUCAGCUGCAGUUUCAUGCUGGAUUAUUGUUUUUCUUUAAUGGGUAUCAUUAAUUAUCAAUUUAACAUACACUGAAUACUAUUUUGUAGAAUGUACCUUUGGGCAAUUAAGAAACUCAUUAGUGUUAUAGGGAAAGUGUUUUACAAGGUUUUAGGCCAUUUAAGUUCAAGUCAAUGUUUGGUUCCCCCCCCCACUAGAUUUCUUUAAACAUAUAGAUUUUUAAAUCUAAUCAAAUAUGCUUCAAAAGUUAGAAACAUUUAAAACUUAGGAUAGAUGUUAUUAGGAGAGAUUUCAGGUUCAAUUCAGGGUUUGAAAUGUUUUUAAAUCAGAUCAGCAAAAUGAUCACACAUAACUGAAUUUCUGACCGCAGUGCUGUUCUUAUUUUCCUUCUGAGAAAUGAAUCAGUCAUAUAUGUUUUAUAGGUCCUACCAUAAGUCAUGCCACAAUCCCAUUUUAAAGUUGAUAUUGAUGUUAAAACCCCCUACAUUUCUACAGGUUAAAAAAAAAAGUUUUCUUUUCUAAAAAAAAAAAAAAAAAAAAAGCUAAGAGCCAUAUUUUAAAUCUUUUUGCAACAUUUGGAACAAGUAUAACCUUCUGUCCCUAAAAAUUCCACCGUAUUGAAAGAGAAAAUCAGAGUAUGAAGUAUAUUUUCUAUUGUAAUAUGAAGAAAACAUGAUCAGUUGUGCCAAAGAUGUUUUAUACAUUGUUUACAUGAAAGGCUACAGUACUUAUUGGAGACUUCAUAUGCUAUUUUUUUUUUUUUUACUAACAAAUCAUAAUACUCAGUAGCUUUGACAUUUGGUAGAUAUGGGAAGAUUGUUUGACCUAAAACAAUUUAUUUUAUUGAGAGGAGGCAAGAAGAGCUAGUUACCACAUUCAUUCUUUAUAUUAGAAGUAUAGGAAUGUGGUGGUUCUCUGCAACAAUUAGAACUUUACUCUCAAAAUUGGAAUUUAAGAUAAUAGUAAUAAGACUAGACUUACAUAUGGCAUUACAGACAGCACCAUUUCAGGGACAAAGGAGACCUGGAAGCCCUUAAAAUAGGUUAUCUUAGAUAUACCAGAACAUACUCAGAUCAAAGCUUUAUUUCUUUAGCUUAAGGCUUUAGCUUUAGUACUUGUAGAAAUGCAAAUAUUCUUGAAAAUUAUAUCUUCAGCCUACUUUUAAUUUUUUAUACCUUACUGUGAAUGAGGUAUCCAAAGCAGUUUUUAAUGAGCACAGUGAAUGAAAGGAAGGUUUAAAAUGAGGACAAAGAAACCUUAGGAUUAGGAUAGAAAAUGAUGACAGUUAAGGAGAACCUCAAACAUUUUUAGGUUGUCCUUAAGCACUUUUGUUCUUUUCCUAAAGCUAUCAGAACGUUUAAAUGCUUUGCCAUUCACAGUCUACUCUCAACUGGCAUUGUCUUUUAGUAAUUAAAAUUAGUUAAACUUUUCCAUACAUUUUUAUAAUACAUUCAAGAUUCCAUAUUGAUAAACAUUUCAGGUUUGUCUGUAUAGUAAUUUAUUCAUAUUAAUAUGCUGCUAAAUGCAGAUUGAAACAUGACAUCUGAGGAUCAUGACUUUCCUCCUUUCUUGGAGCUCUUGGUAAAAAAUUCUUCUGCUAAUGUGAAUUCAGGUUUCUACACUGUUCAUUCCACACUAGUUAGAAGACAGUUUGUUAAUAUUUGCAUGAGGAAACAACGAUGUCUCAGUCUUUAGUUUUAGGUGGAAGUAGUUGUUGUUCACUUACCCUCUCCAAAGUAGAAUGCUGAGUUAUAAACUAAUGUUCCCAUGUGUAUUUUGUUCCUUGCUGUACUACACUUGUUGCAUGUAUAUUAAACAUUUUGUACCAUGCAUUAGUGGUAUUAUUUUUCCCUUGAUAAUUUACUUGAUUCAAAUUGUACAUUGAGCUUUUGUUUUAGCCUUUUUGGCAAGUGUAUAUUACUUCACAUCUGAGACACUAAUAUGAAAAUUGUUUUGGAUAAAUCUUUAUUUCAACAUAUAAAAUUAAACAUUUUUUUAAAAAAAUAA